AUGGCGCCUGCAAAAAAGAAUGAGUCGGCGACGGCAUCGCUUGUGGCAGGAGCGACAGCCGGUGCCAUCGAAGGCUUCAUCACCUAUCCCUUCGAGUUUGUUAAGACAGAAUCCCAAUUCUCUGACAAGAAGGGCAUAAAGCCACCUGGACCUAUUGCGAUCGUGAGGAACACAGUCGCGAAACACGGAUUCGUUGGCCUCUAUCAGGGCGUUGGAGCGCUGGUAGCAGGCAAUGCUCUCAAGGCAGGCGUCAGAUUCUACAGCUACGAUUCGUUCAAGACGAUGCUUGUCAAUGACGAGGGCAAAUUGACAGGCACGCGAAGUCUGGCAGCAGGCUUGGGUGCAGGCAUGAUGGAAGCGCUCUUUGCAGUCACACCGUCAGAGACGAUCAAGACGAAACUGAUAGAUGACCAAAAGCGCGAAAACCCGCGAUUCAAGGGUCUUGUGCAUGGCACGGGCAUGAUCAUCAAAGAAGAAGGCAUCGGAGGAAUCUACAGGGGGCUCUUCCCGGUCGCAAUGCGGCAAGGCGCCAACUCAGCGGUUCGCUUCUCGACAUACAGUACACUCAAGAGCUUCGUGCAAGGCAACAGUCGACCGGGCGAGUCUCUGCCGGGCACAGUCACUUUCGGCAUCGGCGCUGCGGCAGGUCUCGUCACCGUCUACGCGACCAUGCCGCUAGACGUUAUCAAAACACGCAUGCAGUCAUUGGAAGCGCGCGCAAAUUACAAGAAUUCGUUCCAUUGUGCGUAUCGGAUAUUCACGGAAGAAGGCGUUUUGCGCUUCUGGAAAGGUGCCACACCUCGUUUGGCACGACUAGUGCUGUCGGGCGGGAUCGUCUUUACGACAUACGAGCGCAUCAUAUUGCUCAUAGGCGGGCGAUCAGUAUAG